AUGUGUUCGACCUACGGAUGCCGUGACCCUCAGACUACCUGGGAGAGAACAUACACAAGUAUUCAUGCACACGGUUCUUAUCAGACGUCCCCCACCAGCAAUCCCCUCCAGGCGUCCUCACUCGCUCGUCAGGUUGAUGUGCACCGCCUUCAUGUUCUAGUAUCCCUGCAGCCCGCCCUCGCCCAGUUCCCUCCCGAUGCCGCUCUGCUUCACGCCGCCGAACGGCACCCGAACGUCCGAGUCAUUGCUGCUAUUCACCUACACCAUGCCGGCCUCGAACUCCCUCGCGACGCGGUGCGCCAUCGCCAGGUCCCUGGUGAAGACGGCGGCGCCAAGCCCGUAAGGCGAGUCGUUGGCCAUCGCCAGCGCCUCCUCCUCGGCCCGGAACCGCACUGCGGCGGCGGUGAAUUUCGCGACAAACGACUCGUACACAGCCUCGUGUACGAGGAUGCGCGAGGUGGCCGUGCAGACCUGCCCCCCCGUUUGCUCAUGAUGCUCUCGCAGGAGCAGCGGACGGCCCGGUCGAGGUCGGCGUUGUCAAAGACGAUCAGGGGCGACUUGCCGGCCAUCUCGAGCGGUGACAAUUUUCAGGGUGCCGGCGGCGAGCCCCAUGACCUCCUUACCCGUGGCCGUGCUGCCAGUGAAGGCCACCUUGUCGACGCCCGGGUCUCCGGCGAGGGCGGCGCCUGCCUCGCGACCGUAUUCGUUGAUGAUGGUGACGACGCCUGGAGGGAAACCGGCCUCCUUGAUCAGCCUCACGAUGGGUUGGUGGUGGUCAAGGUCUGCCGGUUGGAGCUCGGGACAAAGUCAUUGUCGAUGAAGAGGCCGAGGGGCUGGGCCCAUGUCCUGCCGUUCGGGGCGGCCAGAUCGGCGGCGGGGCAACGUGGUGAAGGGGCGAUUGGCGGGAAUGACAAAGGUUCUCGGCGGCAUUCGGCAGGCUGGUCGGGUCACCCCGGUCGGAUGCAACAGGGCGGGAAGGGAGAGCGGACAUGGUUCACGAGCGAGAACGAGAGGGGGGGAGGGGAGAGGGGAGAGGGGUGA